AUGUAUCAUCUCUCCCGAUGUGCGAAACACGCUAGAAAGCUCCCCUUACCUAUACAACGAACGCAUGUUCGUUACCAGACUGUAAGCACAUCGAAUGAAGACAAAACAAACUCUAAUCUAAAACUACAACAAUCGCUGUCUGAUGACACCAUUGGCGACCUCCCCAAACAGUUGGUAUCUGAACUAAACGAAUUCCCAUCUACUUCAGCAGAAAACCAAAUCGACACCUUGAGAUGUUACGAAAAGCUACUGCGAAGUGGCUUUAGUCCUAGGCAGAGCUCACUGGCAAUCGAACUACUUCUUCAAACGCUGAACAACGAUUUCUUCGAUAGCUACAACGAUAGAUUUUUGCGCAGAACGGAACUGGAAACGCAAUCACACCUGUUCGAUGCUGCAGAGUCAGAACUAAGAUAUACUAUUCAGAUUUCUAGGGAAUCUGCACUCAGUGAACAAAAUCUAAAGCUUUUGCAGCUAAACCGCAGUCUGCAUUUACUCCACGAUGAACUUAAUGAAAUGAUGAUAAAUUUGCUGAAGAAGGACUCGAAGGUAGACUUUAACGACCGCAAGAUUGAAAACACCCUAUUGCAUCGAAAUAUCCAUUUACAACUCAAAGACUGUAACAACAAAAUCGCUACUCGUAUUAUUGGCGAUACAAAGUCUGACAUCGAGAAUCUCAGAUGGCAAACGACACGCAGCGGUCUCUUUGCGGUGUUAGGGCUGGUGUUCUUCAUCAUGAGCGGGGUCAGCAUAUCCAAACGGAUAACCUCGGAAAACGACAAACCUGCAGAGGUUAUUUUGCACACUAUUGAGCGGGAAGAAGCAAGUGAUGAAGAGGAUGACAGGGAUAAUGGCGAUGUUGGUGGUGACAAUAGUGGCAACAAUCUGCUUCGCGGAUGA